AUGGACAAAGUGGAAAUCUGGGUGCAGACACAGAUGGGUGAAGUGGAGGAAGUCCGGCUGCCGUUACAUUGCACAUUACUCUUCGACGGAAAUCACCGCUUUAAGGAUUAUGAAGCCUGCUGGGAUGAACUGCUUAAUAAAAAGCCAUUUCUCAUAACCAGUGAAGACAUUUACAUUGGCCCACAAGGAGCGGCAGCAGCAGUAACCCUCCCUGAUGAAUUAAAAGACUGGUUUCAAGUGCAAAACUCUGUGCCGCAUAUCACUCUUUUGAUUGCUCAGGGACAUGAAUCUCAUGAGUUGGGGCCUAUGAUAAAGCAGGCUCUGCAGGUGAAAGGAGCCACAGCGGACCGAGACGCAGAGAUUCCUGACCAUCUGCUGACCAUACGGCCAGGCGACCAGGUGUACUUGAAAGUGAUUAAGAGAAGGUGGGACCAACCUAGAAGGGAAGGCCCGUACACAGUUAUCCUAGCAACUCCAACAGCUGUUAAAGUUGCAGGUAAGGGGGCAUGGUUUCAUUUGUCCUCCUGCACCAAGGCACCUCAGCCUGAGCCAGGAGCGUCACAAAAAACAGAGGACAGAGGAGGGGCAGGCCAAGCCGCCCCACGGGUGACGUCGCAGCCGCACGAAGGGGACGGUGCCACCUCCCCACAGGGAAUCAGGAGAUCUCAGAGACUGGCAGCGAGGCACAGCUGUAGUGAUUCAACCACAGGGGACCCCUCCCGACCACCAGGAGCACUGUGUAGUGAAGAGGGGGGGCUCUACCAGCUGAAAGUUAACUGGUCCAGACAGAAGCCUAGUUAA